CCAGGUGGUGCGGUUUUCGAUAGUUUGGCGUGUUUGAGGAGCCGUCACAUGCUGCUCUCGUGCCGCAGGAAGAACGGCGAGUACGCCCUCGUGUCCAAUUGCAAAGUUUGCGAGGCCAACACCAUCACGGUGAGAGCGGACCACACACACCAAUGCACAGCAGGCAAAAACACCGUGCAUGACGUUUCUUCUCCCCCUGUUGAAUGCAUUCAUCCAUCCAUCGGCAGAAAUGUUCGGCGUGUCGCUUCAUCUUCUACUGCAGCAAGGUCAGCGGGGGGUGACGGGCAAGGCAAAAGGGGUGCUGGGCUUAUGCGUCGACUCCCUGCUGUGUGUGCUGUGUGUGUUGUGUGUGUUGUGUGUGCAGGCGUGCGAGCGGUCGGAUUGGCAGGACCACAAGGCCAAGUGCCGUAGGGCGUGCGAGGCCAUGGCCGCGGCCAAGGCGGACAACCCCUUCCUGGACGAGAUCCUCGGGGCUGCCGAGAAGAAGCUGGUCAGCGAGAUCCGCUUCAGCUCCCGAGUCACCGGCCGCACACACCGGAUAUACUUGCCCGAGAAGUGGCUGGUGGUAGAGGUAACUCGUGGAUGUGUGUGCGAUGCUGAGAGUCUGCCUGCAUCGGGGUUGGUCUUUUUUUCAGGGGAGCAACCCGGGCCUUCCGGUGGUCAGGGCGAUGCCGGGGCCGCUGGAGGAGCCGAUGCGCGAGUACGAGAGGGACACCAUCAAGCCCUGGAUCAGGGGCACCGAGGACCAUUACAGGGGCAGGAGGCCGCGGGGCGACGAGCACGUGGACGACGGCACCAUGUCCGCAGAUACUGCCAGGUCAGUAAGCAGUAGCACACACACAACACGCCUCCAGACAGGCAGACAGGCAGGCAGACAGACAUAGUGUGUAUUUCUCUCUCUCUCUCUCUCUCUGUCUGUGUGUGUGUGUGUGUGCAGGACGCACUUCUCCUGGCCCUCGGUGGCCAUCCCGGGUUCACCAUCCGUCGCGGGGUGAGCCCAUCGGAUGUGCGGGCGGGCCUCACGUGUACCGUCAAGAAGGACGAGGUGUGCAUGGCGAUAGCCCACACGGACGAGUGGUGUGCGUGCCGCACCCCAGACUGGCUCACCGGUGCGCGGCAGCAGCUAGAGAGGGAUGGGGGCAUAGAGGGCACCCUUCGCGUCUUUCGCUGGGAGCAGUGAUUGAGUAGGAUCGACGAUCGACUGAUUGUACAGUGCACCUUAGCAACGGCGGGUGUGUGGUGAGUGAGGCAGAAUGAAUGCGUGUGUGUGUGUGUGUGCAUAGUCGAGCGAGUAUGUGUGUGGG